GCGAUAACACCAGCUGCUCUAUCUAUAAUACAUAAAAACGAGGUGCAGCAGCAACACCAGCAGCGUCGUCUGUAGAAACAGCUGCAGCAAGAGCAGCAGGCGGAGCAAGAGCGUUUCUGCAGACGAAGCUGCAGAAGCUGCGACCGAAGGCGGGGGAGGUUUUGUGGAAAACGAGGAUGAGCCUGCCGGUGGAGCCUCGGCCGAAGUCGGAGGGGGCGAGGGUGGAGUCGGAGGGUCUAAGCCCAAGCAGAGGAUGCCGCCGCCGGUGGAGCCUCGGCCGAAAGGAUGCCGCCGCCGGUGGAGCCUCGGCCGAAGUCGGAGGGGGCGAGGGUGGAGUCGGAGGGUCUAAGCCCAAGCAGAGGAUGCCGCCGCCGGUGGAGCCUCGGCCGCCGCCGGAGAGCACGAGGGCGGAGCCGGUCAUGCCCAAGCCGAGCCAGCGGACCAGGAGGGGGAGGGCGGAGGGCUGCACGGAGGAGAGGCUCUCACGGAGGCCCGCGGCCAGAAGCGUGGUCUACCGGAGGGCUUUUGAAGGUGGAGCCGGGACCGGAGGAGGCUCUGUAAAAAUUGACCUGUGGCGCCCCAGCCUACGUCGGAGGGGGCGAGGGUGGGGUCGUCCAAGCCCAAGCCGAGGAGGGGGCGGGCGGGCGGCGGGCAGGAUGGAGGAGAGGCCCCCGCGGAGGCCCGUGGUCAGAAGCGUGGUCUACUGGAGGGCUCUUGAAGGUGGGGCCGGGACCAGAGGAGGCUCUUUGGAAAUCGAGGAGGAGGCCACCCGUGGCGCCCCAGCCGAAGUCAUAGGGGGCGAGGGCGGAGUCGGUCAAGCCCAGGCCGAGGAGGGGGCGGGCGGCGGGCAGCAUGGAGGAGAGGCUUCCGCGGAGGCCCGCGGUCAGAGGCGUGCUCUACGGGAGGACUUUUGA